AUGAAAACCAUCGGGCCAUUAGAGCGGGAGAGUAGCCUCUUCCACCCUGACCUUAAUUUGCACCANGAAAGCGAAAGCGAAAGUAAAACGAAUCGCUGUGGUUCUCCCGUUCCUCCCCCGUUCGGCGUCGUUUUCGGCUCGCAGCCGGACGUCUACCCCGGCGGCGAAAUCCUCUGGGCCGCCCCCCGGCCCGCCUCCGACUUUUCGGCCGCCGACGCCGCCGAAUUCGCCGCCGGCCUCCGGCGCCGCAGCUCCAAGAUGAGCUUGGCCGUGCUCCGCAUCCGCCCCGGCGCCCUCCGCGUCCCCCACUGGCACUUCAACGCCGACGAGCACGGCUACGUCCUGCAGGGCACGGCGUGGAUCGGCGUCGUCGACGCCGGCGAUGUCACCGGCAACGUCACCGUGGUCACCUACAACGUCACCGCCGGCCACGCCGUCUUCUUCCCCCGCAACGCCGUCCACUGGCUGAAGAACGUGGGCGCCGGCGACUGCGUCGUCGUGCUCUUCUUCGGCACGCACGAGGAGCUGCGCACGCUGGACGCCGACGACGCUUUCUUCGCCACGCCGCGCGAAGUGGCCGCGCGGGCGCUGCAGGUGAUGCCCCCGGGGGGAGGGGGUUGGGUCCUGGAAGGGUGAAAGUGGCGGUGGUUGCGUCCCCCUAC